CGGGCGGCGCUAGAGCGGGCGGGCACGCGGCAAGAUAACGGAUUUAUUACAUCAGAUCGCGGCGCGUGCGUCUCUGCCGCCGCUACCUAUAUAAGCUGCGCACCGCCCGCUCACGCUCAUUCACUGAUCGCUACUGAUAAAUGACACGUCUAUAUUAAUUGGUGGCAAUGAUCUACGCUCUCAUGCAUCAUCCUGAAUUUUGUGUAAAUAAACAACCUGAUUACGAACAGUGGUGGAAAAGUGACAAUUGGUGCGACUGCCAUUCUCCGCGUUUCGAGCAGCAACAGAGAUAGCAAACGGAUCGCAAGUGCAUUGAUAAGAAGACAAGCGAGACACCGGUGUUCAUUCGCAUCUAGUCCGCCUGAAGACAUUAACGCUUGAAAGCUUUGAAGACUCACGCAGAAAUUUAAAGAAGUUUCUUUUGAAAGUUUAAAGAACGAGAAUCAAGAUGGCAACGGUGCAAACUGCUCCUGAAAUGAGCCUUUCGUCAGCUCCGCUGGCCGUGCCGCAGAACAAAGAUCUGGAUCUAAUGGCGCUCACCAUGGCCGCGCUGCGUCUGGUGAACCCCUGGGUGAAGGCCGAGCCCGAGCCCUGGCAGGAGCCCCGGGACGAGCCGAAAGACCGCGUCAUCACCCUCGCGGAGGUCAGCCAGCACGACACCCCGCGCGAUUGCUGGGUCGUCAUCUACGACCGCGUCUACGACAUCACUACCUUCAUUGAUGAGCAUCCCGGUGGUGGCGACAUAAUGCUGGAGUACGCGGGCCAGGACGCCAGCACGGCGUUCCGCAGCUCCGGGCACUCGCGCAUGGCCGCCAAGGCGCUCGACCGGUUCCUCGUCGGCGAGCUGCCGAUGAGCGAGCGCAUGUACCGCCGCCCCGGAGGCAUCCGGCUCAGCGACAUACCGGACUAAACAUGCGUCGGAUCUACGUCAGCCGUUUG